AUGGUUGCAAGAAGACCGUCAGAGGAACAAUGCGAGGAACAGUAUGAACUUUACUCGUCCAGCGAUGGAAUGUACGGCGAUAUGAUCAAUGACACCCACUGGAGUGGUCUCAUCGGGGAUCUUUUAAAUAAGAGUUUUGAUUUCGCCGCUGCCGCAAUCACCGUCACCAAAUCCCGCUCAAAAGUCGUCCAGUAUCUUGGUCCGUUCAUGGAGGAAAAAACCAGUAUACUGAUGGUGAUCCCAACAUCCCCUUGGGGACUGUUUCGUAUGCUCCAGCCAUUCAAACAUGAUGUUUGGUUAUUGCUAGCGACUUGCAUCAUUCUGGUAGGCUGUCUGCUCUACUACACGAAUCGAAGAAGCCUGCUCAGUGCGUAUAAUCAAGGCAUUCAAACGGAACGAACCAAUGAUGAAGAAGUCUCCUUUUCCGAAAACUUGUGGUGUUCAAUCAAGAGUUUUUUAUUUCAGGCUGUUUCUAAGAGAGGAAGAAUGAUCACCCUUUCCGUUAUGUCUCCGCCAGGUCUUGAAGUCUAUCCAGUAGCGAGCUCAGCACGUACAAUCUUGCUAUCAUUCUGGCUUCUGGCCUUGCUUACUCGCACAUUCUGGCAAGCGGACAUGACAGCCCACUUGACACGCAAAUCGAACAAACUGCCAAUUAACUCUCUGGAGGAAUUCGCAGCGCAAGACAAAAUCCGACCACUUUUGAUAAAAGGCACUGCCACAUAUCAAAUGUUCAAGGAUCCAGCCGCCAGUGAAGUACACAGACGCGUGUAUCAAAAGUACGUGGAACAACAAUCGAAUGUGACCAGUCUCUCACAGGCAGUCAAGAUGAUUUUGAAUACUUCACAGUACGCAGUUAUUGGAGGUCAUCACGCCCUCAGUUAUGCCACAGCAAUGCACUGCCUAGAAUUGGAUUGGGUGUCCGACGAUGGUGGAAACUAUCACUUGGGGUUUGCGGCUUUACCAGGUGAAAGAUACGCCGAGGCGGUUUCACUCUAUUUAUCCAAGCUGAAAGAAACCGGUGUGAUUGAUCGCCUUCGAAACAAAUGGUGGUUCACAAUGAAUAAAUGUGGUGUUCACGAAACUGAAUAUCAUUCACUGGGUCUUCAGCGCUCCGCCGGAGCUCUCAUCAUUCUGACCGCGUUUGUCGCUUUGAGUCUGUUGUCUUUGCUGGUUGAAAUGGCUUGGGACCGUCUGGCGCGUACUCGUAAGACAGUAGCUGAAUCUGACCAGCGGUCGGUUGUUGAUGAGAAAGGAGAUUAUGAAUACCAGGAAUAUGAAGUUGAGUGA